CCGGCGUUUGCGCGCCCAUAAUGCUCCGCGGGAGGCCCAAGCGACCGGGCGGUUCUUCCGGACUCGGGGCGGCGGCGGCCUCAGCUGGGCAUAGCUGAGAGAGAAAGAGGGCGAGAGGACCGAAACUUAUGUGAGAGAAAGAGGGAACGGAACAGCCUGUCCGUCGUCGGUUCCCUUCUUCCCUUCUGCUUAGAGGAGGAGGAGAGCCAUGAGGCGCCGGGCGCCGCCGACCUCCUUCCCGCUCCCCGCCCUGCUCCUUCUCCUGUUGGUCUUCGGGGCUCCCGAGUUGGGGGCGUUGAGGCACCCUUCCCCUCGGCCUGCCCCACAGCACCGGGGCAGGCACCGGCCGCCGCGAUACGAGAGUCUGGAAUCUGUUCUCUCAGACUAUGAUAUUCUUUCGGUGUCAAACAUCCAACAGCACUCAGUAAGAAAAAGAGACCUGCAACCCGAAUCCCAUGUAGAGAAACUCAUAAGUUUUUCAGCAUUGCAUAGGCAUUUUAAAUUAUACUUAACUUCAACUGCGGACCAUUUCCCCAAAAACUUUCAAGCACUUAUAGUGAAUGGCCAAGGCAAGGAAACUGAAUAUCAAGUACAGUGGCAGGAAUUUUUCACAGGACAUGUUGUAGGUCAGAGCAACUCCAAAGUUACAGCACACAUAGGUGAAGACGACUUCACAGUGAGGAUCAACACUGAUGAAGAAGAAUAUAAUGUUGAGCCCUUGUGGAGGUUUCUCAAUAAUACACAAGAUGAAAGACUUUUGGUCUACAGAUCAGAAGACAUCAAGGAUUUCUCACGAUUGCAGUCCCCAAAAGUAUGUGGCUAUGUUAAAAUGGAAGAGGAGGAGCAGCUUUUGGGUGGACGGCUGAAGGAGAGUAAAUUAAAAAAAGCAAAUGUCCCUCGAAGAAAAAGAGCCACCCCAGACCCCUUGAAGAACACCUGCAGAAUAUUGGUGGUGGCAGAUUAUCGCUUCUUUAAGAACAUGGGCCGUGGGGAGGAAAGUACUACAAUUAACUAUUUGAUCGAAUUAAUAGACAGAGUGGAUGACAUCUAUCGAAAUACAUCAUGGGAUAAUGCAGACUUCAAAGAUUAUGGCAUACAGAUAGAUCAGAUUAUUGUUCACAAUGAGUCACAACCUGUACCUCCUGGGGGAAGGCACUAUAACAUGGCAAAAAGUCCUCUAGAUGACCGUGAGGAUGCUUGGGAUGUGAAGGAGCUGCUGGAGCAAUUCAGUGCUGAUAUAGCGGAUAGAGCUGCUCGUGUGUGCCUUGCACAUCUUUUUACCUACCAAGACUUUGCUUUGGGUACUCUUGGACUGGCUUAUGUCGGAUCUCAAAGGCCAACCAGCCAUGGAGGCAUCUGCCCCAAAGCUUUUCCUAGUCCGAUCGCUGGAAAGAAUGUCUACCUCAACAGUGGCUUAACCAGUACAAAGAACUAUGGCAAAACUAUCCUUACAAAGGAAGCUGAUUUGGUUACAACUCAUGAGCUGGGACACAACUUUGGGGCAGAGCAUGAUCCUGAUGGCUUGCCAGAAUGUGCCCCCACUGAAGAUCAGGGAGGAAAAUAUGUUAUGUACCCAAUUGCUGUGAGUGGAGAUCAUGAAAACAAUAAGAUGUUUUCAAGCUGCAGUAAAGAAUCCAUCCUUCGGACUAUUGAAGCCAAGGCGCCAGAAUGCUUCCAAGAGCGCAACAACAAAGUAUGUGGCAACUCCAGAGUGGAUGAAGACGAGGAAUGUGACCCAGGCCUCUUGCGUCUGUACAUUGAUCCUUGCUGCACAUUUGAGUGCAAGCUGAAGCCGAAUGCCAAAUGCAGUGAUCGCAAUAGCCCCUGUUGUAAAGGAUGCCAAUUUGAAAGUGCACAGAAAAAGUGCCAGGAAGCCAUCAAUGCCACCUGUAAAGGAGAAUCCUAUUGCACAGGCAGUAGCAGUGAAUGUCCUCCCCCAGGGAAUGCCCCAGAUGACACUGUCUGUGUGGAUUUGGGCAAGUGCAAAGAUGGGGCAUGCAUACCCUUCUGUGAGUGGGAGAAGAACCAGAGUUCAUGCGCCUGUAAUGAAACGGAUAACUCUUGCAAGGUCUGCUGUCGAGACAAAUAUGGGAGAUGCAGCCCAACGGUUGAUGAUGCCAGCCAGAAUUUCCUGUAUUUGAGGAAAGGAAAGCCAUGCACUGUGGGAUUUUGUGACAUGAAUGGUAAAUGUGAGAAGCGUGUGCAGGAUGUGAUUGAGCGGCUUUGGGUUUUCAUUGAGCAGCUAAGCAUCAAUACGCUAGGAAAAUUUUUAGCAGACAACAUAGUAGGAUCUGUGCUUGUAUUCUCCUUAAUAUUUUGGAUUCCUCUAAGCAUUCUUGUACACUGUGUGGACAAGAAGCUGGAUAGGCAGUAUGAAGAGAACACCAAAUCUCUGUUUGGCCCCAGUAAUGUUGAGAUGUUGAGCAGCAUGGAUUCGGCCUCCGUUCGAAUUAUCAAGCCGCCACCUGCUGUGCCCUCGACUAGCCGGCUCCAGCCCCUGCAGCAUAUUGUACCAGUCUCUGUGGCUGCGGUGGUUCCGAAACUGGACCAUCAAAGAAUGGACACCAUUCAAGAGGAUCCAAGUACAGACUCUCACAUGGAGGAUGAUUGCUUUGAUAAGGAUCCUUUCCCAAACAACAGCACAACUGCCAAGUCAUUUGAGGAUCUUACAGAUCAUCCUGUCACAAGGAGUGAGAAAGCAUCGUCCUUCAAACUGCAACGCCAACAUAGAGUGGACAGCAAAGAAACAGAAUGCUAG